AUGCUGUUAUAGAAAGAAAUUUCUAAAUCGAAGCAAAAGGAAGCUAUGCUCUUUUAGGUUGAAUGCUUCAUAUUUGUUAAUUAAGACAAAAAGAUAAUAAAUCUGCAGUUCUUUAACUCUUAUCUUAAGGUAUUAGAACAUAAAAGCGGAAAUUAAACAAUGGGAGUUGUAGUAAUAUCAGAUAUGAUAAGAGUAGAGUGGUUGGUAAAAGAAGGUCCAGACGGAACAAAUGCAUUUGAUAGAUGUGAAGGGUUCAGAAUAGAAAAAGAUGAUAUUUAUUAAAGGGCAAAAGCAGCACUAGAAAAAGAUGCUGCUUCAAUUGACCCGCUUCAUUUAUUUAAUUCAUAAUAACAAAGCAAAGAAGCCAAAUAAGGAUAAGCAAAUGGCGAAAGUAAAAAGAAUUCUACAACGACAACAUUAGAAGAAUAACAAAAAAACAUAGAAUAGAAUGAUUAAUUUAGACAAAUAAUAAUAGAGAUAUUUUUAAAAGAACCAAUACUUCUCAAAAAAGUUUACAAUUACUUCGCACCUCGUGUUAUCAUGAAGUAGUUUCAUGACCACUACAAAGCUGUAAAAAAGCUUGGUAAAGGCUCGUUUGCAUCUGUUUAUCUUGUUAAUCAUAGAGAAACUGGAAAAUAACUUGCAAUAAAAGCUUUUCUCAAAGAAAAACUUUACUAAGAAGAUAAAGGAUCAGAAGCGUUUUUCAAUGAAAUAAACUUAAUGAAACAAAUAAAUCAUCCACAUUUACUAAAAUUGUAUGAAGUCUGGGAAAGUAUGCACAGUUUUUAUUAUGUAAUUGAGUUAGCAAAUGGAGGAUCUUUAAUGGAUCGUAUUAGCUUAGCGAAGAGAGCAAAAAAAAAAGGUCUAGAAAAGGAAAAAGAUAGUGGAGCUUUUACAGAAAAUGAAAUUAGAUCAUAUAUCAAAUAGCUAACUUCUGGUCUGUUGCAUUUAAAAGAAAGAAAAAUUAUGCAUAGAGAUAUAAAACCAGAUAAUAUUCUUCUUAGAAAAGUUCCUGUUUUUUAAAAUCUUAAAACACCUAAAUCUUAACAUCUCUCUGCUAAUACUAUCCAAUAACCUAAGUAAUAUAAAUUUGAAGCAAUUAUCGUAGAUUUUGGAUUAGGUACUUAAUAAGAUAUAAAAGAAUAUUUAUUCCCAAAAUGUGGAACUCCUGGUUAUGUUGCGCCUGAAAUUAUCAAUUUGAAAGGAGAUUUAACAAAAGCAAGAUAUACAACUUAAUGUGAUAUGUUUUCAAUAGGAGCAACCUUUUAUUUUAUGUUAUCACUUAAACCUCUUUUCUUGGGAUAAACGACAAGAGAGACUAUCGAACUAAACAAAAAAUGUGAAGUCAACUAUAAUAUUCCAGAACUUAAAGACUGUGAUAAGAAUGCAAUUGAUUUAAUGAAAAAAAUGUUGGAAAAAGAUCCAACAUUGAGAAUAGACCCUAAAUCUGCUUUGAAGCACCCUUAUUUUAAAAAUUUGGACUCAAAUUUUGAAGAAGAUUUAGUGGUGCCUGAAGAUACCCCUACCUAAAUAGAAUCAGUCAUAAAAAAAUUUUAAUCAGACACGUUUGAUAUGUCAAGAAUUAAUUCUUUGAUUAACAGUUCUUUAAGAUAAUAAAUGAAGUAAUAAUCUCAAGAGCAAUCAACAUGUCUUUCAAAUACAUCAUAAAAGAGCCUAUAAAUGCUUAAUACAUUAAGCAAUAACAACAAUAGCAACUAAAUGUAACCACCCACCAGUAAUAUGUAAUAUUUAAGCAAUACAAGCAUGGUAUCUAACUUAAACUCGCCUAAUAUGGCAGCAAUGCAGGAAUCUACUCAUUCUGAUUAUGAAAGUAGAUCUCAAUAUUCUAAUUUUAAGCAUAAGGAAAGCAUUAAUGAUUCUGAAUUAAACUAUGUCAAUAAAAAUUAAAAUGUAUAUGGUUAUAUUAGUAAGCAGUUCAUCUCAUAGAGCAGCUUUGAAAAUGAUAUGAGAAGUCCUUCAUUUGCAGCUUCUGAGACUUCUAUAUGCAGACAAGAAAGUUUGACCUCUAAUUUUUCUUUAAAAAUGAAAGCACACUAAAAUACAAAUAAGUAGAAAGAUUAAAAUAAUUAAGUUCGAUAUAGAGCUCAAUCUGUAGAAGAUUCUCUAGAUCCAGCACAUUAAAAUAAUUUACUAAAUCCAAAUGGUGCUGAAGGUCGAACUAAGUCACCUUCUAAAUUUAAAAUCGAUUUUGAACGUUCUAGGGCCAGUAGUGACUAAUUUGAACACCUAAAUUAAAUAGAAAAUUAAGACGAAACUAGUAAAGAGGCUGAACAGUAAACUUCCAGCAAUCAAAAUAAUUAAUAAGGUUAAUUAUAAAAUUAAGCAAAAAAAAAUAAAGCAAAGGAUGCAGUACCCUAAUCAAAAGAAGAAAAUAAGCUAAAAUUUAAAAAAGGUACAUUAGAUGAACAAUUUUACAAUGAUCCAAAUCUUCUAUGA